UUCCCAACAUAUGGCUUCCUCACAUCACUGGGUGGGUCCAAGGAGGUAUGAACUUUCUGUAAUUUUCCUCCUGCCAGGUGAGCGCUACCUCCCCUCCCUCUUUGGAGGGUGCCCUGCCAAGCUUUGUACUCCAGGGGCUCGGUCUCUGAAACGGUGCAAGGAGAAGGACUAAUCGCUCAGUAGUGUGUCACUAAUAUAUGGCAGUCAGUCUGGCAGUGCCCAAAGGGAUUGCUGUGCCUGGCCCACUGCGUGUGUGUGUGCCAAGGCAUGUGUUUAAGGUCUUUGCCUCCUUGUGCAACUAACUCCGUGACCUGGGGUUAAACUGUGAGCCUGGUGAGAGUGGGUGUGGUAGAGGUUGUUCCAGAAUCAGUAAAUGAAACUCAUUUGCUGUGUAAGAGCAGGAAGUGCUGGGUUAAGGGGGGUGAAUCCAUUUCUGUUUGUGUGCUGCGCUGUGCGGAGCUGUGGGUCUUCACGGACCGGCAUGGGAGCUUCCAAGCUGGCGGUGGGACUUUGGAUGAUGGCUUUGCGUGGCAAAAUGCCAUCUGUGGCAGCAGAGUUGUAGAAGUAGUUGUGCUGAAAUUGCUGUGAGCUUUUGUGCCAAAGAGCUUGUGUAUAGCAGCUUGUUGAACUGUGCCCAUGAAAGCAUCUGUAUGCAGGCGGUGCUGUGCCUAGGUCUGUGUAUUUGUCCAUGCCUAGGUAAAUACCCUCCUGUGUAUGUGUCUGCAGACAGGCCCGGGUGAGUAAGCUGCCGCGUGUCCGUAAAGUAAGUGUGUGGCAGGAGCUGCUGUGGAAUUGGGCUGGCGGGCGCUUUGCAGCCUUCUUGGCGGGUCGGUGGGUUGGGCUGUUGCACAGGUGGGGGGUGAGAAGGCAGAAGGCUGCAGACUGGCGCUCAGGAGCGGGAGAGCUUGAUCAGUGCAGAGUCAGUGUUGAGUGUGUCCUUACAGGGAGAUCCCUGGACCGCUUCCUCAGAGAGCAGCGCGGACUGAUUUUACGUGCCCUCGUGCGUAGUGCUAGUGAGGUUAUUCAGGAGGUGCGUGGUGUUGCCAGCGCUUAGGCAAGUGCAGCGCAGUGGGUGCAAGGUGCAGUUCCUUGCCCUUGUGGGGCUGGAGGUGAGGGGCUCCCUUGUUCUUCCGGAGCGCUGAGUCAGAGAGGUUUGAGGUGCGGGAGGUCCCCUUUUGCUAAUGGACUCACGUUGAUGCUGCGAGUUACUUGGCUGGGGACCAACCGCAAGGUGCUCAAAAGCAGAUUUGCUUGUUCAGCGCUGCUGCUGAGUUUUCUGGGCUCUGGUUUGUUGGUUGUGCUGCCGCGUGAAGGUGACAGGGUGCCGGAAGCAGGACUGGGCUCUGCUGGGCUCUGUGCGAGGAGCCGUGUGUGGAGGCCAGGCGCUGUGGUGCGAGCUUGGCGCCUGGAGUUGUGGUGGCAGAGCUUGCGGUGCUGCGAGAGAGCUUCCCUUGAGGGCUGCGCUGCCUGGACGGAGGGGGGUGUAGGUGAAGAUGCUGGAGGCCGACCUUGUUGCAAAAAUGUUGCGAGCUGUUCUUCACUCCCAUAAAAAUGGGGUACCCUUGGCACAGCUUCAGGGCGAAUACAAGUCAUUGACGGGCGACUGGAUUCCCUUCCGGCACCUAGGACAUGGCACGCUGGAAAGCUACUUGGAGAGCAUCCCGGGAGUGGUGCGGAUGGAAGAGAACAAAGUGGGAGAGGUCACGUGCCAUGCUGUUGCUUGCACCGAGACAGUGCGAAUUGCUCAACUGGUAGCCCGUCAGAGGAGCUCCAAAAGGAAGGUGGGACGGCAAGUGAAUUGCCAGAUGAGACUGAAGAACACAGCUCCCGUCACCUUAGUAGGGAAGCCAAAAGGAACUUUGCGACAGCCCAGGUUAAUGAGCAGCCCAGAAGAAGGCAGCAAGAGGCCUGUCCCUCGCCUGCAAAGAGGCCGAGGUCUGGCGUGUGGAGUGGUGAAACCCACUGUAGAGAGUGGCCUGCCUGCCUUGCCCCCAGCCGCUGGAAGUGGACCAUCUAAGGAAGUCCCCAUGCAGAGGCAUGUCACGGUGAUAAACAGUAACUUCAAGAACCUACAGCAGUAACACAUCCAAGGGUGGGCAGAGCUUCAGGAAGGCUUGUACUCAUCAUGUCGACGCUGUUGCUAUCCCCAGGCAGAGAGCAAGAGGGCAGCAGCCUCCAUCUCAAAGGAGUGAAGCAUGACCCAUGCAAGGUGGAAAGAGACAGUUCUUUAAAGGACUUAAUGAGCACAUAUGCUGGGACACUCUCUGAAGCCAAAAUGAAGCCAGAAGUAGCACUUGGACCUUGAGACACAACAGUAAGACCCAACAAAAACAGAGGUACAGCCGUCAUCAGAGACUGCAAAAAAACAAAAAUAAGGAGAAAACCAGCUUACCUCAGAAUGACGAUGAGACCCAAUGAGGAGCAGGAGACCCCAGACCAAAAAAAUUACUAUUGAUCUAACUACCGCAUGAGGGGGUGGGAAAUGUAAGUUGAAAAAACUAUAAUUGCCCAGGAUUUGUUUAUGUUAGGGUCCCUCUUCGGAGGCACCCAGCUUGAGCUGUAAUUAUGGCACGCGCGUGAUUAAACUUUAAUUUGUUUU